AUGUUUGUUAAAGUCUAUAAAGUUUUGACUACCAAGAAUUAUAAGUCCAAAUCCAAGGGAGGUGAUGUGAUUACAGAACCUUCUAGGAGGAUCAACAACAGAAGAAGCGAAAAGUCGCUGGAAAGUCCUUAUACUAUGGAAGAAGAUGAUGAUAAUGAAGGUUUUGGUUUUAGUGAGUUGACGUUUGCUGCUAAAGAGAAUACUUCUUCGUCUGUCAGCAACGAGGAAUUGGUAUCUUUUCUAAAUUCUCAUGAAUCAAAAUUUAAAGGUUUAGUGCAAGGACUGGUGACUGAACUUCAUGAGAAUAUGGAUAAUAUCCCGAAGACAGUUCAUAGUGACCUCACUGAGGAUGUUCUCUUUGAAGAGAGAUUGUUGAACUAUCGAUACAAGAUAAUGAUCACAUUAUCUUUUAUGAUCAAGUCUUUUGAUGACAAGUAUGUGACAGACAAGAAGGUGUAUUUGAUUGCAUAUGUGUACCUUAAGAAUUACAUCGACUGCUAUUUAGUACACCUUGGAGUAUCUGAUUUUGAGAUAACGAAGGUCUACAAAACCCUAGAGAACACAAUUGAUAAUGUGGACAUGGAGCUGUAUGAGGAUGGGGAGAUUCUUUGGAAACCUUUGGGAGUACUUUUUCAAGGAAAUAAGAUCAAAGAAAAAUAA